GUUUGGUUCCUCUCUCUCGCCGUAGCUCAAAGUCUGUACAUCUCAGUAGCAGCUGCAGCGCUCGAGGUGUUUGUGUUUUCAGAAGCGCGCGUGUCACUUCCGGAUAAAUGACGAGUGUCACUUCGCCCAUGGAGGAUGGUUGUUACGUGGGCGUGGAUGUGGGCAGUGGCAGCGUUCGAGCCGCGCUGGUUUCCAGAGACGGCCGAGUUAUGGCCACGGCGGAGGAACCCAUACAGAUCUGGCAACCUGAGAUGGACUACUACGAGCAGUCUUCAGAGGACAUCUGGAGGAUGUGCUGCAGUACAGUGAAGAAAGUGACCCAAGGUGUUGUGAAGCAGCGUGUGAGAGGGAUCGGUUUUGAUGCCACCUGCUCCCUGGUGGUUCUGGACCAGAGCUUUCAGCCUGUAGCUGUUAAUAAAGAUGGUGUGAAGGAGAGGAACGUGGUCAUGUGGAUGGACCACCGAGCGAAGGAACAAGCGUCUCGUAUCACAGCCACGGCUCACAGGGUCCUGAGCAGCGUAGGCGGCGUGAUGUCCCCCGAAAUGCAGCCGCCCAAGUUACUGUGGCUGAAAGAGAAUCUGAGGGAGAGCUGCUGGGAGGAAGCUGCACACUUCUUUGACCUGCCAGACUUUUUGUCCUGGAAGGCGACGGGUUCUUUAGUUAGAUCAUUGUGCACCGUGGUGUGUAAGUGGACUUAUUCUCCGCUAGACGGCUGGAACGACGGUUUCUGGGCCACCAUCAAUCUGGAGGAUCUGACUGAGAACAAUUAUUCAAAAAUCGGAGAGCGGACAUGUUGUCCCGGCAGCGCGCUCGGACGAGGACUGACCCCCGAAGCAGCCUCAGAUUUGGGUUUGGAGCCGGGAACGGCUGUGGGAGCGUCUCUGAUCGACGCCCAUGCAGGAGGACUGGGAGUUCUCGGAGCGGACGUGAGCGGCCAUCAGCUGCCUUGUGAAAAUCAACCAAUCACGUCUCGUGCGGCUCUGAUCUGUGGGACAUCGUCCUGUCACAUGGCGGUGAGCUGGAAGCCUCUGUUUGUUCCAGGUGUAUGGGGUCCGUAUCUGUCCGCCAUGAUUCCGGACCUGUGGCUUAACGAAGGUGGUCAGAGCGCCACUGGGAAGCUGAUUGACCAUGUGGUGACUGGACAUGCAGCUUUCUUGGAGUUGAAAGAGCAAGCAGAGAAAAGUGGUGUGCAUGUUUAUUCUUUCCUGAACUCCCGUCUGGAGGACAUGGCCAAAGACCUGGAAAACCUGGACGAACUGACCACCGGACUGCACGUGGGGCCCGAUUUCCAUGGCAACCGGUCUCCUCUCGCCGACCAGACCUUAAAGGGAAUGGUUAUUGGACUGUCUUUGUCUCAGACGCUGGAUGACUUGGCUCUUCUUUACCUCGCUACACUCCAAUCUACUGCUCUUGGCACCCGACACAUCCUGGAUGCGAUGAGGGAAGCAGGGCAUGACAUCACGACCUUGUUCCUGUGUGGAGGACUCAGUAAGAACCCUCUGUUUGUGCAGAUACACGCCAACGUCACGGGUUUGCCGAUUGUCCUGCCUGCAGAGAGAGAGGCUGUGUUGGUCGGUGCAGCUGUUCUUGGAGCCUGUGCUUCACAGGACUACACGUCCAUACAGGAAGCCAUGGAGAAAAUGGCCAGCAUAGGAGAAGUGGUUCAACCAGACCUCAAGCUUGAGAGCUUUUACAGGAGAAAGUACGCCGUCUUCCUGCGUCUCUUCACCCAUCAGAGAGAGUACGCAGCACUGAUGAGAAACUGCCCCUCUGACACUUCGUCUCCUCUCAGGAAGUGAAAGUCUCACGGUUUCCUCUGCGGGGUAUUCAGACCCGAAACCCAUGCUGCCCUCGGUUCUGGUUCCGCCCCAGAUGCUGCUCAUUUCUCCUUCACUCAUAAGACCUUUAAACAUGAACGUAGUCCUUGAUUUACUUUCUACUGAGAACGUUGAUCAACAAUGGUCUGGAGAUAAAACCUA